AUGAACGGUACCACACGAACUUUGAAUGAGACCGCGGUGCGUUUGUUUGCUAAACAGCACGUUGGUUCGUAUCUCAACACGUACUGGGACGGGCCCGUGAACGGCAGCUACGGCUACAACGCCUCCGAGUUCCGCUCGCUGAUCCAGCGUAUCCAGACCAUCUCCAUGGAGGAGAAUGGAGGCCAUCCCAUCAUUUACGGUAUUGACUCCGUACACGGCGCCAACUACGUGGACGGGCCUGUGCUGAUGCCCCAGCAGAUCAACAGCGGUGCUAGUUUCAACCCCGACCUGGUCUACGAGGUGGCUCGCAUCACUGCUCGUGACACUGAGGCUGCUGGGAUCAGCUGGGUGUUUGGCCCCAUCCUGGAUAUCUCGCAAAACACGCUGUGGUCGCGCACGUACGAGACGUUUGGCGAAGACCCGUACUUGGUUUCCGUCAUGGGCGCUGCUCUCGUCCGUGGUCUUCAGAGCUACAACCAGACGGCUGCGUGCAUCAAGCACUUCGUCGGGUACUCCAAGACGCCCACGGGGCACGACCGAGACAAUGUGAACAUGCCGGACUUUGACCUGCUGAACUACUUCCUACCACCGUUCAAGGCUGCUUUUGAGGCCGGCGCGCUGACAACGAUGGAGAACUACAUUUCCCUCAACGGCGACCCCGUCGUCGCCAGUUCGAGGAUCCUGAACGACCUCCUUCGAUCGGAUCUGGGGUUUAACGGCGUUCUACUCUCGGACUGGAACGAGAUCUACAAUCUACACGACUUCCACCGCGUGUCGGCUACUCGUGAAGAAGCUGUCGGGACGUCUUUGAAACAAACAUCUAUCGACAUGAGCAUGGUGGCUACAGACACAGAUUUCAUCAAGUACGGUCUGAACAUGCUGAAAGAGAACCCUGACCAGGAGACUCGCCUGCGUGAGUCGGCCAAGCGAAUCAUUAAGCUGAAGCUCCAGCUCGGUCUGUACGACAACCCGGUGCCUGGCAAAGAGUAUGUGUCGAUGGUGGCAAAUGAGAAGGACAAGGAGACUGCAUUGGAGAUGGCGCGUGAGUCCAUCGUACUCCUGAAAAAUGAAGAUGAUGUGUUGCCGCUGCCGAAAAAUGCGUCCGUAUUCCUCACUGGCCACUCAGCUGAUAAUGUUGGACUGCAGUGCGGUGGCUGGACGUUCAUCUGGCAAGGUUACUCCGGUAACGACAUGUUCAACAACGGUAUUACCGUCCGCAAGGGCUUGGAGAACCUGGUGGGUAACGACUCUUUCACGUAUUUCAACGGGCUUCAGGUGAACGGGUCGAUUUCUAAUGCCGACCUUGCCAAGGCCGUGGAGCUCGCCAGCCAACAUGAGUACACCGUCGCAGUUAUUGGGGAGCCCAACUACACGGAAAAGGCUGGUGACAUUUUCGAUCCGACUCUGCCUGAGGGUCAACAAAAGUACAUUGAGGCACUCGCUGCAACGGGGACAAAGGUCGUCGUUGUCCUAUUUGAGGGUCGUCCGCGUCUGCUUGGCUCAAUUCCGGAUAACGCUGCGGCCAUCAUCGAUGGCAUGCUGCCCUGUGAACUUGGGGGUCAAGCCAUGGCUGAAAUUCUCUACGGAGACGUGAACCCCAGUGGCAAACUGCCGAUCACUUACCCGAAGGACCCGGCCAACACCGCCAUCCCCUACAACCACCGCGUCACAACGCGUUGUAUGUGGGACAACUGCUGGAUGCAGUGGCACUUUGGUGCUGGCCUCAGCUACACGAAGUUUAAUUACUCCUCCGUCACGCUCGACAAAACCACCACGGUGAUGUUGUUCCUGAUCCAGCCGUUCCGCAAGAUCUCGGUGCCGGAGAUGAAGAUGCUCAAGAAGUUUAAGAAGAUCGAGCUGCAGGCUGGAGAGUCCAUGGACAUUGGCACUGGUCUGAAGCGCAUCGUGGAGGACAGCAAGUAUGUCGUGGCUGUGAAACCGGACACGUGGUGCGAUGUGUACGCGGACAAUAUCACCAACCCGUUGUGUGCGGAGUUUACUAUCGACACAAGCAGUGGUGCCGGCACCGUAAGCGUCGGUGUACAGCUUUAG